AUGCAUCACUCCGAGAUCGCGUCACGCACCUUCGACCGCGACGCAUCUCUGGUGCUAGUCGGCAUUCGAGGAUGCGGCAAGCGUUCGCUGGGGUUCGUCGCGGCAACGGCCCUCAAGCGGCGCUUCAUUACCGAGGAUCAUUACUUCAAGGAAGUCACGGGCGUUACGCGACAUGAAUAUCUGCAGCGCUACGGCAGCCAGGAGUUCCAGCGGCGUGAUAUUGAAGUCCUGACCAUGAUGCUCGACAACCACCGGUCUCGAUGUGUCAUUGAAUGUGGACUAGGCAGUCUCACGCGGCCCGUCCAGGAUCACCUCCGUCGUUACGCUACCACCAACCCAGUGGUUCAUCUGGUGCGUGAUAUCAACUACAUUCAACAACUGUUGGGUCUGGACAACCAGUCAAUACGUCUUCUUCGCGAGGGCGAUCCAGUGCACCGGACGUGUUCCAAUUUCGAGUUCUACAAUGUCGAGGACCAAACACGCGUCGGGAUUCCAUCUGAUGGCGGAAGUCCCGAUCGACGAUCCGCCGACUAUUCAUUCAAGUUGCAAGAUGUCAAGGAAGACUUCACGCGGUUCGUACAGUUUAUCACCGGGGCUGAUGUAAACCAUUCGAGCUACGACUCUCCCUUUGUCCUGCUGGAGACACCACCAGAACUUCGCUCUUUCACCCACGCCAUAUUGGUGCGGUCCUCUGAUCUCAUGGCCAACACAGUCCAUCUGGAGGAGCUCGAGUCUGGGGGCGAUGCCAUCGAGCUCUGCGUCGAUCGUUGGGAUCCGGACAUGGCGGUCACCGUCAGCAAGCAGGUGUCGUUGUUGCGUCGAAAUGCGCGCACUCCUGUGAUCCUCUCCGUCGACCCGUCGUCCACGGGGAUCAAAACCGUGGAUUCUCCAGCGUGUUUGAAUAUUCUGGAGCACGGUCUACGUCUAGCGGUGGAAUACUUAGUCGUGGAUCUAGAUCAAGAUCAAGCCCAGCUAGCCCAAAUCGUGCGUGGCCGGGGGAAGACCAAGAUCAUCGGCCAGCAGAUUCUCAAGCCAUCUUCUGGCAUCACCUGGGGGGACAAGAGCUGUGUCGCUCUCUACCACGACGCAGAAAAACUUGGCUGUCAACUAGUCCGCCUCCUUCGGGUGGCUACCGAACGCGAGGACAACGCUGCAGUCGCAGAAUUCACGAAUAAGAUCCGGUCACUUCCAGGAGAGCACCCGCCACUCAUCGCCUACAACAUUGGCCGCUUGGGGCGGACCUCGCAAGUGUUCAAUUCGAUCCUGACCGGAGUCACCCACCCAGCCAUCACAUCGACGGGCAAUGAAUACGACCCGCAGAUUGCAUCGCGUGAUGCAGUGCGUGCCCUCUUCCAGAGCUACAUGCUGGAUCCGCUGCAAUUUUAUAUCCUCGGCGCCAGUGUUGCCUACAGUCUAUCGCCGGCCAUGCAUAAUGCCGCAAUACAACACUGUGGCAUGAGCCACACCUACAGCAUCCCAGACUCGCCCUCCCUCGCGGCGCUCGAACGACUGGGCCGGGACCCGCAUUUCGGGGGAGCCAGUGUGGUCCAACCGUGGCGCGUGCAGGUGUAUCAAAAGCUUGCAUCCAAAAGCCGACAUGCCGAGGCGAUCGGAGCCAUCAACACCAUCAUGCCAUUGCGGGGUCGGGCCGACGGAACCAUGUUCUCCCUCCAGGAACAGGCCAGCCGGCGCAAUCAAGCAGGCCGUGUGCUGGGGUGGUACGGCGAAAACACUGACUGGGUUGGCAUCAUGACCUGCAUCACCCGCCAUCUCUCCCCACGCAACGCCAUCAGCGCCAGGACAACCGGCCUGGUCAUUGGAGCGGGUGGGAUGGCGCGGGCGGCCAUCUAUGCCAUGCUCCGGCUGGGUUGUCGCAGGGUCUUCAUCUACAACCGGACCCAAUCGCACGCGGAAGACGUUGCGCGACACUUCAACUCCUGGGCGUCAUCUCAAGUGGACUCAGCCGAGGUGGUGCGUGUGCUCCGGUCCACCCAGGACGACUGGCCCAUCGACGCCUGCCCGCCCAGUCUGAUUGCAUCUUGUGUGCCCGCAGACCCGGACCGCGAUGAGCCCCCGGCCAACUUCGAGAUGCCCAUGCAGUGGCUGGGAAGUCCUACAGGAGGAGUGGUUUUAGAGCUGGCCUAUAAGCCAUUAGAUACGCCGCUUCUCCGACAGAUGCGCCGCAUCCGCAGUGAAAUGGGGCGACCCUGGGUCUUGUCGGACGGGUUGGAGAAUGUCACAGAACAAGGGAUUGCUCAGUUUGAACUGAUGACCGGCCGGAAAGCCCCUCGCCGAUUAAUGACCCUGGAGGUGCUGCGCAACUAUGAGGGAGAGAGUGGACGGUUUGACGAGAAGACGAUUCAGGCCCGGCUGGAUGGCGCUGGGUCACCCAUUGGCUGGGUGAACAAAGAAUAG